GAUUCAAAAUAAUGGGACGUGAAACGGCGUCGCAUAAGGCAAACCCGAAGCACAGAAAGGGCUUAUGGUCGCCGGAGGAAGACCAGAGGCUCAGAAACUUCAUCCUCAACCAUGGCCAUGCCUGUUGGAGCUCUGUUCCUCUCAAGGCCGGGCUGGAAAGAAAUGGGAAGAGCUGUCGAUUGAGAUGGAUCAAUUACCUAAGGCCGGGUCUUAAAAGAGGGACCUUUUCCCAGCAAGAACAGGACACGAUUAUUUCCCUUCAUCAUAUGCUCGGAAACAAAUGGUCUCAGAUAGCGCAACAUUUACCGGGAAGAACGGAUAACGAAGUGAAAAACUUGUGGCAUUCUUACCUGAAGAAGAGAGUGGAAAAACAAGGUUGUUCAGCUCAUUCCACAGCUUCAACUACCUCGGACUCAGCAGAUUCUUCAAUUACAGCUCAGUCCAUGGAGUCUCCCAAGCCUAAGCUGUUGUUCGCCGAGUGGCUCGCCGGCGCCGGAACUGGGUUUGGUCAGAGCUUUAGCUCCGUUCAUGAGGGCACCGGUGAUUUAAAUGGAACCCAUUUGGAGGGUGGGGGCUUGGGAUCGGAGAUUCAGAAUAAUAAUGGGUUCAUGAUGGAUUCUCAUAUGAAGUUUGAGGAUCAGAUUUGUAAUGGGAAUUAUGAUUGUGUUGAUCAACUUCUUCACUUUGGGAAUGGUUUUAUGUAA